CUACUGACGUCACAUGCAGACCGGAAGUAGUCAGGUGGAAUGCCGGAAAUUUGUUUUGUUGACUAUCGGUUACUUAUUUUCUACCCCUUUUCUGGAACUACUAACUACUAACUUACGUUGGUUUGUUUUUUGUAAUAUUUUUGGACUAGAUUUUAGCGCGUUGACAGAAGAGUCGUCGUGUUGGAGUGGAGGGCUCCGUAUAGACACCGAACGAUUGUUGUCGGGUCCCGGGCUGGGCUAACUUUAGCCUAGCAUUCCGUGAAGUCCUGCUAACCAGCCUUCGCGUGUGUUAGCUGUCAGUCUAGCUGCGUCAAACGUCAGCCGUUAACUCACCUUGCUCACUAACAGGAACGGUAACAAACACAGGUGCAAACACCAUGGCAGUCGUGAACGAAGGUGCCCUAAAGAAAAUGCUGAAGCAGUACAAAUACAGAGAUCUGACUGUCCGUGAGAUAACCAACGUCAUCCUCCAGUAUAAGGACUUGAAGCCACUCAUGGAUGCUUAUGUGUUCAAUGAUGGCUCCACAAGAGACCUAAUGAGCCUGACGGGAACGGUCCCAGUGAGCUACAGAGGCAAUGUCUACAACAUUCCUGUGUGCCUCUGGUUGCUGGACACGUAUCCCUACAACCCGCCCAUAUGUUUUGUCAAACCUACCAGUGCAAUGAUGAUCAAAACUGGCAAGCACAUCGACGCCAACGGCAAGAUCUACCUGCCUUAUCUCCAUGAGUGGAAGCAUCCUCAGUCAGACCUGUAUGGUCUAAUUCAGGUGAUGAUUGUGGUUUUUGGAGAAGAGCCUCCUGUGUUUUCUCGCCCCACCACACAAGCCCCCUAUCAAGCGUUCCAAGCUGCCGGACCCCCUAACCCUUCCUAUAUGCCUGGCAUGCCUGCAGUCUCCCCCUACGGCUCAACUCCGAACCCAGGAGGCUACCCAGGAUACCAAUACCCAGGGGGCAACUCUUACCCGGCCCCUGGUGGACCUGCACACUACCCCACCCAGCCUCCAGUAUCCACGGCUGGUCCGAACAGAGAUGGCACCAUUGGCGAGGACACCAUCCGCGCAUCCCUGAUAUCAGCUGUGAGUGACAAGCUUCGCUGGAGGAUGAAGGAGGAGAUGGACAGAGCUCAGGCAGAGCUGGACGCCCUGAAGCGGACCGAGGAGGAUCUGAAGAAGGGACACCAGAAGCUGGAGGAGAUGGUCUCCAGACUGGACCAAGAAGUGACCGAGGUCGACAGGAACAUCGAGCUGCUGAAGAGAAAGGACGAGGAGCUGAGCGAGGCCUUGGAGAAGAUGGAGAACCAGUCGGAGAACAACGACAUUGACGACGUCAUCGUGCCCACUGCUCCGCUCUACAAGCAGAUCCUGAACCUGUACGCUGAAGAGAACGCCAUAGAGGACACGAUCUUUUACCUUGGAGAAGCCCUUCGCAGGGGGGUAAUAGACCUGGAGGUGUUCCUUAAGCACGUCCGCCUCCUGUCCAGGAAGCAGUUCCAGCUCCGGGCCCUCAUGCAGAAAGCCCGCAAGACGGCCGGUCUGAGUGACCUCUACUGACCCGCACUGACUAUAAAGGAAAACUACAUAUUUUCACUCUCUUACUCUCUCCUACCUUCUCCCUCCUCUUCUGUUUUAUUCCCCCUUUUUUAAAUGUCCUCUUGCAACUCUUCUGGUUUUAAUCUCGGUAAAAAUGUGUUUGUGUAAGAUCGCAAUCUGACCAACAACAACAGAGAAUGUUUAAAAACACACAUCAUGUACAACUGUGCUGUCCUGUGUUGGCACCGCUCUGAUAAGACUUCAUUUGUAUUUUGAUCAUUAGUCGCGGCCCCUUUUUGCUCCUUUUCCUCAAGAAAGGGGGGGGGGGUUAGGUGGGAGCCUAUUGGCGUAGAGUGAGUCUGUGUGUUGACCUGUGUAUGUUGCGCUGCAUGGGGAGCCAGCAGGUUUUUACACAGUCAAUCGGCUGGCAAGCACACAUAGUCGGGGGCUGGUAGAGAGCCCCAUAUGUCCAGUCGUCUCUCAAUGGAAAGGUUAGGCUCUGAAAUGAAAACCAGGGCAACCUUUUCAGGAAGGACACGGGGUUCAGCUUUAGGAUUUAUUUCUGCAUGAAGUCUGGUUCAUGUUCAGGAGCGAUGGGAGUCAAAGGGAUCACUUUUCAUACAGUAGAGGUGAUGAACAUUGGAACGGUUUUUCUUCCAGUCUUUUUAAUGGGGUACAUUUUAAGCCCCCUUCGAUCACACUAUGUUUUCAGUUUCCGUGUCUCUUGCUGAUCAGGUCUGACUGCAUUAACCCGUCAAUCAUGCACAGUGGUUCUUUUACUCUGUACAGGAUCUCUGUUGGAGAUGAAGGAAAGUCUUGACAGGCUUUAAAAGAUGACUUUACUCAUGUUUUCCCUGUUCUGUCCACUUAUUCUCAGUCUUGUACAGGGGGUUUGGUUUCCAGUAAAAUAAGGAAAUAGUUGUGAAUAUAGCCAGCACAUUUGAAGGUACACAAAAUAAGGUAUUGUACUAAUCAAAAGUUGAUGUAAAGUUUUCAAACAUGUCAUUUAAAUUCACCUUUUACUAAAUGCACUUUGAAUUGUAUGAUGUUUUUUUCCUCGUUUCCAAUUCAACCGUAGAUCACCUGUUUUUAUAUCUGUAGAUUUAUGUAAAUCAGUACAAAUAAAAGACAACUGAUUUGAUUCAUCUG